UCCCCGACGAUGCAAGGAAUUAUUUGAAGAUUUGCAGUUAAGAAGUUCUUCUCCGAAUCUCCAGAUUUUUCGAUCUUUCUUUCUGUCUCAGAAGCACCAUACAGCUUGCCAUUUCUCAGACGCUUCGCCUACACUCAUGGAAGGCCUUUACGGUAAGAGCAAUCCGAGAAUUCAGAAACUGAGGGCCAUAAACGGCACAGUCUCGCCCAUUAUCGUCCCGAAAACUCGUCACUGCACGUCCAAUAGUCCUAUCAUCGAUCCGUACGCCUCCGACGUAGACUCCGCACUCAUCAGGUACCUGCGAUCCGGUUCUCCGGCAGCCGGAAUAGUUUCCACCGGCGACACAUUCAGUACUCCGACCGCCAAUCCGGCGAAAUAUCGUCCGACGAUCGGGCUCGGAAACAGCGGCGGCACUGGCUUAUCCUCCCGCUGCGGCUCAAUGGCGUCACCGCUCUCGGUGAUGGAAAACAUGCCGUCGCCGGCGGGGAGGUUGACGCCGGUGUUCGGAACGCCGGUGAAGGUGGAGGAGGAUGUGCUAGUGAUGGACGGGAUUCUUGUAGGGUCGGUGCCGGGGGGAAGGUUGAGAUCGUCGGCAUCGUCAGACUCUGGCGGAUCGUCGCGGACGACGUCGGGAAAUAGUUGUUACAAGACGGAGAUUUGCCGUCCGUGGGAGGACUUCGCGAGUUGCCGGUACGGCUCCAACUGUCAGUUUGCGCAUGGAAAAGAAGAGCUUCGCCCAACUCGCUUUCCCAACAAGAUGAGCAGACUAUCUGAGAUGGUCUGCAAAUCAUACACGGGCACAGGAUCCUGCACAUACGGUUCCAAAUGCCGGUUUGUUCAUCAUCAGCCCGCUGCAUCCACGGCGGUCACCACCGCAGCUGCAGGCUCGCCGGCUGCACCACCCCUUCCCCAAAAAGCCUCGCCCAAUAAUAUCACCCCUGCAGACCGGGGACCUACCAUCACCAUCACCACCACCACCACCACCAGCAUCCCCACAGCAAGCACGUGCUGGAGCAGGAGCAGGAGCAGCUGGUUACCCCAGGACGACGGCAUUGACAUUACCUUACCUCAUGAUCCUCCUUCCUCUUCGUCUUCUUCUUCUUCUGCCAAUGAAAAUCAGCAGCUGCCAACGAGCAGCAGGGAUGAAGUUGAGGCAUACAUACAGAGUGUUCUCUCCAGUUCUACUAGGGGAAGAUCGACAAGAACAAGACUACCCGCGUUUGCCGAGAUCUGCCCCGAUUAGCUAGUAACCAGUUUCGGAACCAAAAGAGCAGUUCUUUUCAACUGUAUGGUCUGGAGAAUUGAAGAGGCUGGACCAAGCAGCUGGUAUAGUUUUAUAUUCAAAUCUUCGUACAUACGCACAGUAAUAGUUCUUCCUAGCCUGCAUAAUAUGCAUGCAUCUAAUGCCAAUUGGCUU